CAGUCGGUGCCCGCGCCGCUGUCUUGCCGCACCGCAACACUCAUCUCUGUGCCGGUGCUGCUGCCGGUGCUGCUGCUGCUGCUGCUGUGAUAGUUGGAGCUUCCUGGAGUGGCUUCUAGAUCUCAGCACACAGGAGCGUGAGGAGGGAGGUGGCCAGGAGCAUGGGGCCGCUGCAGGUGGUGGCCGUGGUGGUGGUGGUGGCGGCGUGGGGCGUGGAGGGCAGCCAGCGAGAUGAGGAGUUAUGGCGCCAAGGAUACAGGCCCGUCCCAUUCGAAUUCCGCCCACCCCCACACGUUAUAGACAAGAGUCGCCGCCCGGAUUUUCAUACCACUUUGUACAUGCACCGGAUGAGUCCCGCUGAGGUACACCUUAGGCACCGAGGCCCAGAGCCCGUCCCUGCCGCCCCCGCUGCCGCCCCGCCCCUGCCCGUGAGCUACAAGCUACCAGAGCCCAUCGUGCAGGGCUUCAGCAGGAGUGCCAUUGAGGCCCAUCCACACAGGACCAACACACUCGUCUCCCGCUACUCCUCUGCUCAGUUCCCUGAGGAGGAUGUGGAUUACUAUGUGCCAUGGGCGAAGUUCCAGCGAGGGGCAGUGGAGUGGGUCCCAGUGGAGGCCCUGCAGUACAUGUCCGAGGUGCAGGAGGAGGAGAAGCAGAGUGAGGAUGUUGCAUUCUCCAGGAGUGCUGUGGAGUCGUACCCACGAUUCCCCACGCCCUAUUCUGGAGGUGUUGAGGACGAGACUGCCAAGGCAGUGGUGGUGGAAGCAUCAGAGGCCCUUGGCGAGAAGCUUGGCUGGGCAGGAAUCCGCGCAUCUGUCGAGUCACCACCAAUCUUCACUCCUGCUCAAGACCCUGAAGAAGCCAACCCACUCCCAGUACAGCUGAACAGUCGUCCCUAUGGCAUGUGGUCCGAGCAGCUGCUAGGCAUUGACACAGGAAAGGAUGACAUCCUAGACCCAGUACUGUACCAGCACGAGACAGAACACAACGAUCGAGACUCCAUGUCUGGUGGAGACUUUGUCAAUUAUCAGGCAGCCAUCAGGAGUCAGAACGGAGACUACAAGCUCCUAUGUUACUACGGAGGAUGGGCAGUGUACCGGGAGCCUCCAUUUGACUUUGGUGUUAAGAACAUUGAUCCAUUCUCCUGCACUCACCUCAUUUACUCCUUUGCUGGCCUGAAGGAAGGAGAGCUGACCAUCACCUCCCUUGACCCUGAAGUGGACAUUGUCAAAGGAGCUUUCAAGGCAGCGGUGGGACUGAAACAACUCAACCCGAACCUCAAAGUACUCAUUGCUAUCGGUGGGUGGAAUGAGGGCGGCAAGAAGUACUCGGACAUGGCCAGCACUCCUGCCAACCGCAAGAAGUUUAUCCAGUCAGUGGUCACUUUCCUGAAGGAGCACCAGUUUGAUGGCCUGGACCUGGACUGGGAGUAUCCAGGAGCCACGGACCGAGCUGGAAAGUGGGCAGAUAAAAAGAACUUUGCUGAUCUUGUGGAUGAACUUCACACUGAGUUCAUGCCAUACGGUUGGCUGCUCACUGCUGCUGUGUCUCCUGCCGGGUUCCGCAUCCAAGCUGGUUAUGAUGUCAAGAGAAUCUCCCAAAAACUGGACUUCAUCAACAUCAUGACAUACGACUUGCGUGGCCCCUGGGACGGCAAGGCAGACCACCACUCCCCCAUCACCUCCAGGCCCUCUGACACCUGGGCCUUCAAAGCUCUCAACACCAAGGACGGCAUUCAGAAGUGGAUCGACUUGGGAGCUCCGAGGCAGAAGCUCAUCAUGGGUAUUCCCUUCUAUGGGAGAACCUUUACACUCAGCAACCCAAGCAGCACCAAUCCAGGCUCCAGGGUGUCAUCGGGUGGCACAGCGGGAAUGUACACAAAGGAACGUGGCUUCCUGGCGUAUUAUGAGCUGUGCAACAAAGUGAAGGACAGCCAGUGGACCAAGCACAAGGAUGCCGUGGGUGGCCCGUACAUCACCAAAGGGAACCAGUGGAUUGGCUAUGAUGACCCCAUGUACAUCAAUAAGAAGAUGGACCUGGUGAAGACUAUGGGCUUGGGAGGCGCCAUGAUGUGGGCCAUUGACCUGGAUGACAAUGUUGGAGUGUGUGGAUCCAAGUGGCCGCUGCUGAGUGCCAUGCGUCGCGGUCUCGGCCUUCACAGUGUUUCCAGCUUCAUACCUCCCGACCCAAGCCCCGUCAUCACCACAUCCAAGCCAGCACCAACCACAACUGCCACCACCCCAGCGCCUGUCGUAACGCAGCCACCCACAGCAUCCACUACAGCCUCCUCCACCACCUCCACUACCACCACAACUACCACUACUACCACUACCACAACCACCACCACUACCACCACCCCAACCACUCCUCCCUCCACCUCCGUGACCCCAGCAUCACCACAGCAAGUUGAUACGACAAGUGGGGUUACUACACCACCACCGUCACUCAACACUACAGUGGCGACUCCUGCAUCUUCCUUCAAGUGUAAAGGCCCAGGGUAUUACCGUGACAAACAUGACUGCGCUGUCUACUACGUAUGUGAUGAGACUCUAGUGCCCCAUAGGUUUGUCUGUCCCAAUGGCCUUGUUUUUGAUCUAAUGCGACGUAUCUGCAACUGGCCGAGGCACGUUAUUUGCGGGGAAGCCUCAGCACCAAUCAGAAAGUUGAGGUGCAUAAGUGACGGCCUCUACAGUGACCCGUCUGACUGUCGUAUGUUUGCGUGGUGUCGCGAUGGCAUUGCUCAGAGAGUCUCCUGCCCGCAUGGAAUGUUCUUCAACCCUAGGACAGGUGUAUGCACAGAGGAGGGCCAGAAGUUCUGUCUGCCCGGUGAGAGUCUGAGAAUCAACACAGAGACCCUCAACCCACAACCUCUCACCAAGAUGGCCGGUGAAUUAAAAGUGGUCUGCUACUUCACCAACUGGGCAUACUACCGACCCGACCCUUACAAGUUUUCCCCAGAGAAUGUUGACCCAUCCCUGUGCACUCACAUAAUAUACGCAUAUGCCUCACUCGACACUACAGACCUCUUCAUUCGCUCCUUGGACCCUUACCUGGACUUUGAAUAUGAGUUUUACAAGCGACUGCUGAACCUGAGGAACCAAGCACCGGGGCUCAAGGUGAUGCUGGGCCUGGGUGGCUGGGUGGACUCAAGCAGUGACAAGUACUCUCGUCUUGUCAAUAACCCCAAAGCCAGAGCCAAGUUUGUGCAGCACACCACUGAGGUCCUCACUGUGUAUGGCUUUGACGGGCUUGACUUUGGGUGGAUGUUCCCUCGGUGCUGGAAGAUGAAGUGCACUAGUGGACCACAGUCUGAUGUCCAAGGCUUCACUGAUCUCAUGAAGGAACUAAAGGCCUCCUUCCAACCACGUGGGCUGAUCCUCUCCGCUGCCGUCUCCUCCUUCAAGAAGAUCAUAGACAUGUCGUAUGAUGUGCCGGCGCUGUCUUCUGCGGUGGACUUCCUCAAUGUGAUGACGUAUGACUUCCAUGGUGCCUGGGAGAGGAUGACUGGCCAUGUGUCUCCCCUCAUGGCCAGGCCAGAGGACAAGUUUGCAAGUCAGAACUCAGAUUACGCCAUGAAUUACUGGGUGGGCAAAGGUGCUGAUCCUGGGAAGCUUGUGAUGGGCAUUCCCUUCUAUGGCCAGACCUUCACACUGGCUGACUCUAGGAAUAAUGGUCUCAAUGCACAAGUUACCAAUGGUGGUGACCCAGGCCCAGCCACUCUGCAGCGAGGAAUGAUGGCUUACUUCGAGAUCUGUCAAGCAGUCCGCACACGGGGCUGGACCAAGGUGGUGGACACGACUAAGGCCAUCGGUCCUUAUGCUCACAACGGCAACCAGUGGUACAGCUAUGAAGACCAGUUCUCUGUCACCCACAAGGCACAGUACAUCAAGAAUAAGGGAUACGGCGGUGCUAUGGUGUGGGAUCUUAGUCUUGAUGACGUCCUGAACAGAUGCUGCUUGGAAUCCAUGCCUCUGCUGCGUGCUAUUAACCGUCAACUGCGGAGUGUGCGGUACCCAGAGCCUAGGCCAGGUGGAGGUGACUGCACAGGGCCCCAACAAGCUGCCACACCAUUCCCUCCCAGGAGAACCACCACCUAUGCAUCAGAGACCCUGGGCACAAAGGUCACCGAGUCACACUAUGGUGAGUUCAACCUGAGCAAGAGCACCACAACAUCCCUGCAGCCUUGGAUGACCACCUGGAGUGCAACCACUCGGCGCACCACCACAGAGCCCAUUGCACAUCAUCCUGUCCCUGAAUGGCCUCCACAUCCACACACUGAGCAACCACCCACAACACAGCAAAGUACAACUAUUUGGUGGCAAACUACACCCAUCACCACAACCACAACUACUACUACAAGGCGACCGACAACCACUUGGCGCCCCGUGUCAGUCACCAGUGCCAUAGAGGAAAUGCAGCCCUCCGGUACCGGGCCCCAUCCAGGAGACUCAUGCCAGGGAAAUCAGAACUUCCCAUCCCCAGGCAAAUGCACUGCUUACCUGAGCUGUGUCAAUGGAAAACUGGUUGAGAAGCUUUGUGUGUCUGGACUACACUGGAACAAUGCAGCAGGGAUCUGUGACUGGAAGUGGAGUGCUAAAUGUAAACAAGGUCAAGCUCCUGGCACACCACCCUCUGGUCCUGGCGGCAAACCCUCCUAUCCCCCCAGUGGCCCACCCUCCGGCCCAGUCAGACCCCCCUCAGUCAGCAGACCCUCAGUUCGCCCCACGCAGACCCCCUUCCCUACCCGCAGCACCACAGAGGAACAGGAGGCACCCACCACCACCACCACUCGCCGAACCACCACUCAGUCCACCACUCCAACUUGGUGGUGGACUCCUCCCCCUUCCACUCCCCGCACCACUACCAAGUCCUGGUGGGUACCAUCUGCCAAACCCACCACCACUACUACUACUACCACUACCACCACCUUCACUACCAGCCGCCCUGCAGUCAUUGAUGUGGUUGACGUCCCCGCUGCACCACCAUCAGGGCCAUGCAAUGAAGGGCAGAGCACAGGUGUGCCGGGUGACUGUACAAAGUUCAAGCAGUGCCUCCAUGGUGUACUCCAAGUCCUCGAGUGUCCCGGAGGUUUGCACUGGAACGAGAGGAAGAAGAUGUGUGACUGGCCGCACAAUGCCAAGUGUUCAGGUCCCGUCACCCGCAAUCCAGAUGGCAUCCACAACCGGAAUAAGGGCCGGACACCUUGCAGUAAGGAGGGCCAGACCUACCCGGGGCCCCAAUGCACGGCCAGAGUGCGCUGCUCCCAGGGGUACUUUACUGUGGAGCUCUGCACUGGUGGGCUGGUGUGGAAUGAGAGAGACAAGGCUUGCACUCUCCCAUCUUCCGUCCCCAAAUGCUCUGAUGUUAUCCUCACACCCAAAGAUGAAGCCCUGCGACCAGCAGCCCCACCCUCUGCCGGCUCCCAGCUAGACAUCAGUAUGCCGUGUAGCGAAGGGACAUACAAGCACAACCCAAGGGACUGCUCGAUAUAUAUGAUUUGUGUGCAUGGACAAUGGCAAGAGUUCACCUGUCCUUCCGGCCUCGUAUGGGACAAAAGGAACAAGCGCUGUGACUGGCCAGAGACUGCCAAAUGCCAGGCAUCACAGGGCCUACCACCUGCCCAAGGAACCCCCGCCCCACAGCCACAGACUGAGCCGCCACAUGUCCCCACUCGCAGCCCAGCACUACCACCUGCCUCAGCACAACUGCCAUCAGCUGGCACCUCAUCAGAUUUCAGAGGAGACUUCAAGGUGGUGUGCUAUUUCACCAACUGGGCUUGGUACCGUAAUGGCAUUGGAAAGUAUAGACCUGAGGACAUUGACGCAAGCCUCUGCACUCACAUUGUGUAUGGGUUUGCUGUGCUGGACUAUUCCAACCUCAUCAUCAAGCCUCAUGACAGCUGGGCUGACAUUGAUAAUGACUUCUACGGCAAAGUUACGGCACUCAAGAAUCAGGGUAUCAAGGUCACUAUAGCUAUCGGUGGCUGGAACGACUCAGCUGGUGACAAGUACAGUCGUCUGGUCAACAAUCCUGCCGCUAGAGCCAAGUUCAUCACUCACGUCAUUGAAUUCAUCAAGAAAUACAACUUUGAUGGCCUUGAUCUGGACUGGGAGUAUCCAAAGUGCUGGCAGGUGGACUGCAACAAGGGUCCAGCCUCUGACAAGGCAGCAUUUGCCAGCUGGGUGAAGGAGCUCAGCAUUGCAUUCAAGCCUCAUGGUCUGCUUCUCUCCACCGCCGUCUCCCCGAGCAAGAAAGUCAUCGAUGCUGGAUACGAUGUGCCAACCAUCAACCAGUACAUGGACUGGAUUGCCGUCAUGACCUAUGACUUCCACGGCCACUGGGACAAGAAAACCGGCCAUGUUGCCCCAAUGUACUACCACCCACAGGAUGACUAUGACUACUUCAACAUGGACUACGCCAUCAGGUACUGGCUGCAGAAGGGCGCCACCAAGGACAAACUAGUGAUGGGUAUGCCACUAUAUGGUCAGUCCUUCACUCUCAACGAUCCAGCAGUGAACGGCCUCAACGCACCAGCACGCACAGGAGGCACAGCUGGACCAUUCACACGGGCUAGAGGUUUCCUGGCUUAUUAUGAGAUCUGUUACUUCAUUCAGAACAAUGGGUGGACAGUGGUGAAGGAUCCCGAGAACCGAAUGGGCCCAUAUGCCUACUCUGGGAAUCAGUGGGUCUCAUUUGAUGAUGUAGAGACAAUCAGACUGAAGUCGCAGUACAUCAGGGACAUGGGUCUUGCUGGCGGGAUGAUAUGGGCGCUGGACCUGGACGAUUUCAGGAACCGCUGUGGCCAAGGAAACCAUCCACUGCUCAGCGCCAUCAAGUCUAUCUUAGGAGAACCCAAAGCACCAGGCUACGUGGACUCCAAGCCUGCACACCACCCCGAAAUUAACACAAGGGUUCAAGGACCACCAAAAUCUAAGAAGUGCUUCAACAGUGCCUUGGGAACAAUCAAGUCUGUGGAAGUAAACCACCCGCCCAUCCAGCCUGACCAGUUCCUGCCUGAGGUACCAGGAGUCAGGCCGCCCCCAGGAGUGCCAGUUUGUGCCAAGAAGUGCUGGGAUCCUGACCUGGGUGUCAUAGUGGUGGAGAUGACCAAGUACCCGCCAGGCCGUCUAGAGCACACACAGCCCGUGGUGGAGAGAGUGGUGCCUGUGGUGGGUGCCACAAAGCCCCCAGGCAUGGAUGAGUGCAAGUGCUGGGACCCCAAUAAGGGAGUCACUAGAACCAAUGCUGUUGACCACCCACCCAUCCAGGAAGAACACUUCCUGCCUGAGAUACCUGGAGUACGGCCGCCCCCUGGAGUGGAAAGGUGCAAGCCAGGUGCCGUGUCUCCCCCAGGCUCCGUGUCUCCCCCAGGCUCUGUGUCUCCCCCAGGCUCUAGCUCUUUGCCAGACAGAAUUAUUGAAAAACCGUGCUGGAACCCCAUUGAGCGAAUGAAUUCUAAAGACACCAUUGCCAAUCACCCUCCCAUCCAGCCUGACCACUUCCUGCCUGAAGUUGCUGGAGUGCGGCCCAAAAUCUGUCCUCCUGGCACCAGGGAACAUCCCCCUCCCCCAGAUGGUUACAAGGUGGUGUGUUAUUUCACCAACUGGGCAUGGUACCGACAGGGUGAGGGCAAGUACUUGCCUGAGGACAUUGAUGUGGAUCUGUGCACCCACAUUGUGUAUGGCUUUGCAGUGCUCAACAACAACAAUCUCCUCAUCAAGCCUCAUGACACUUGGGCAGACUUUGACAACAAAUUCUAUGAAAAGGUGACAAAGCUGAAGGCAAAGGGAGUGAAGGUUCUCAUUGCUAUUGGUGGCUGGAAUGACUCACUGGGAGGCAAGUACAGCAGACUGGUGAAUAGUCCAGCCGCUCGAAAGAAGUUCAUUGACCAUGUGAUUCAGUUCAUCCAAAAGCACAACUUUGAUGGCCUGGACCUAGACUGGGAGUAUCCUGUAUGCUGGCAGGUGGACUGCAAGAAGGGACCAGCAUCGGACAAGGCUGGCUUCACUGAGUGGGUGAGGGAGCUAAAGGCAGCAUUCCAGCCUCUCGGUCUCCUGCUCUCUGCUGCCGUGUCCCCAAGCAACAAAGUCAUUGAUAUGGGUUAUGAUGUGCCAAUUCUGAGUCAGUACUUGGACUGGAUUGCUGUCAUGACCUACGACUACCACGGCCAGUGGGACAAGAAGACCGGCCACGUGUCCCCCAUGUUUGCCCACCCAGCCGACGACAACCUGGCCUUCAACACUAACUUCACCAUUCACUACUGGAUUGAGAAGGGCGCCCACCGACACAAGCUGGUGAUGGGCAUGCCAAUGUACGGCCAGUCCUUCACCCUCAGGGACACCACCAAGAAUGGACUCAACCAGCCAUCGUAUGGAGGUGGCGAGGCAGGACGCUACACCAGAGCACGAGGAUUCCUGGCUUACUAUGAGAUUUGCUACAAGAUCAAGAGCAGUCAGUGGACAGUGGUGCGGGAUCCUCUGGGCACAAUGGGGCCCUACGCUUACAAGGGGAAUCAGUGGGUCGGCUUUGAUGACGUCGAGACAAUAAGAUACAAGUCUGAGUGGAUCAAGAAGAUGGGUCUUGGUGGUGGCAUGAUCUGGGCGCUGGAUCUGGAUGACUUCAGGAAUCGGUGUGGUUGUGAGGCUCACCCUCUGUUGCGCACCAUCAACAGGUCCCUCCGUCCAUACUCCGUGCCAGACCCACAGUGCCCAAGGCUUGAAAAUUCUGGAGGCGUCCCUCCACCUGACACCUCAACCUCCAGACCAACACCAGCUCCUAUCACCUGGUGGAAGAAAACCACCACAGGGCCUACUACUCCCUACUGGCAGCCCAGCUCAACAGUUUCCACCAUUCCACCUUGGCAGGCAAGUGCCAGCACCUAUGCACCUUGGCAGACAAGUGCUAGCACCUAUGCACCUUGGCAGACAAGCGCCACCACCACUGCCAUUCAGCCAGCUCCCGAAGUUCAAUCCGGUGGCAAAUGCCAAGAGGGAGCCUACAGGAGAGAUCCAUCAGACUGCAGUAGAUACUUCCGCUGUGUUCAUGGUGCGGAGCAGGGUGUGACCUGUGCUCAUGGUCUGCACUGGGAUGAUGCCAAGAAAAUCUGUGACUGGAUAUCAAAGGUCAAGUGUACAGCAGGACCAGGAAGUGUGCCAACCUCUUCACCUGACAUCCACCGUAGCACAGAGUAUCCGACACAGCCACCCACACAACCCACACGGCCCACACAACCACCCACACAGCCCAGCUACGCACCUGCAGUAAUUGAAACUACAAGGGCACCUGAUAUUUGGCCAUCCUCAGGAACUUCCUCCACUACAGAUACCGGGUACAAGGUUGUGUGCUACUUCACCAACUGGGCGUGGUACAGACAGGGUCUUGGCAAAUACCGGCCAGAAGAUAUCGACCCAGACCUCUGCACUCACAUAGUGUAUGGAUUUGCAGUGUUGGACAGUACCAAUCUAAUAAUUAAACCUCAUGACACCUGGGCUGACUAUGACAACAAAUUCUACGCAAAGGUGACUGACUUCAAGCGGCGUGGUGUCAAGGUCACUCUUGCCAUUGGCGGGUGGAAUGACUCGCUGGGAGACAAGUACAGCCGGCUGGUGAACAAUCCUGCUGCAAGAGCCAAGUUCAUCGCUCACGUCAUAGAGUUCCUGAAGAAGCACAACUUUGAUGGUCUGGAUCUGGACUGGGAGUACCCUGUGUGCUGGCAGGUUGACUGCAGCAAAGGUCCGGCCUCAGACAAACAUGGUUUCUCAGCGUGGGUGAAGGAGUUACAUGACGCCUUUAAGCCACACGGCCUCCUACUUUCAGCUGCUGUGUCCCCAAGCUACAAGGUCAUUGAGGCAGGUUAUGAUGUUCCUGUCCUGAACCGUUACUUUGACUGGAUUGCUGUCAUGACCUAUGAUUACCACGGCCACUGGGACAAGGAGACUGGCCACGUGUCACCCAUGUUUGCCCACCCAGACGAUAAAGAGCCACUCUUCAACACCAACUCCACUAUUCACCUGUGGCUGGAGAAAGGAGCAGACCCCAAGAAGCUGAUCAUGGGCAUGCCACUGUAUGGACAAUCCUUCGGCCUGGGAUGGAAGGCUGAUGGUACAGGACUUAACCAGCAUGCACCACAGAAGGGAAGCGCUGGCCAGUUCACCAGGGCAGCUGGCUUCCUUGCAUACUAUGAGAUAUGCCACAAGGUCAAGCAAGGCUACACAGUGGUGAGGGAUCCGGCCGGCCGCAUGGGACCCUAUGCUUACUCCGGCAAGCAGUGGGUCAGCUUUGAUGAUGUGAACAUGAUUCGCUUCAAGUCUGAGUGGAUCAAGCGGAUGGGUCUCGGUGGUGGCAUGAUCUGGGCGCUGGAUCUGGAUGACUUCAGGAACCGGUGCGGGUGUGAGCCUCACCCUCUGCUGCGCACCAUCAACAGGGUCCUGCGUUCCUACCCCGUCCCUGACCCCAGAUGUGAACUAUGAUGAGCCAGAAGACAUACAAACAUUGAUACCGACGCCCACGUGCAUUGAAAAUUGAAUCAGUGCAAUGUGUCCCAAAAAUCCUAAAAACAAAGAAGUAUUAUUACAGAUACAUGUCUACUGGUGUGAUAAUUUGCAAAGAGAAUGAAUUAAUUUAACCUCAGUACUAUUAAAAUAUAAUUGACAUGAGGGACCAAAACAAUUUGCUCAAAGAAUUGUUCAAAAUUAAAAACUUGUAGUUUAGAAAAAUAUUGUUAAGAUAGCAUUUGGUUGUGCUCUCUUUGUAGCUUCUUGUUCAUCUGUUCAGGAAUACAGACCAGUGACCUAAUCCGGGCCGCCACUCACAUCCCAAGCUCUCUCCCCGGCCUGGCCUGUCCCCUACACUCUCUGCCGGGCUUGUUAUUGUUAUUUUUAUUAUUUAUUGUUUUGUUGCUUCUCUAGGUAACAUUGCUGUAUCAGUAGUUGUGUAUUGGGCACAAGUACAGCUCUUGUGGCAUUAUCUGUUAUUUAUCAAUAAAAUAUAUAUAAAAACA